CAUGUACGCAAAUAAGAACAAAACAAACGAUCACAAGAUUUACAAGCAAGUCUUCAGUGGCAAUCUGAAACUGAAUUCCACAGUUCAAUUGAACGUUUAUUUGCAUUCAUAUUCACUUAUAAUAUCUUAUUCGCCACAUGGGUUGCUCUUCUUCCCUUCCUGAUAGGAAUUCUGGGCGGUUGAGUGGACUUAAUGGUUCAGAGAGCAGUGGAGCACCUGAUGCGAAAAACCUGCGUGUUAAGCUGGUUUUGUUAGGUGAUUCAGGUGUUGGGAAAAGUUGUAUAGUUCUUCGCUUUGUUCGUGGCCAGUUUGACCCAACAUCCAAGGUUACAGUUGGAGCUUCAUUCUUGUCACAAACAAUAGCUCUGCAAGAUUCUACGACAGUUAAAUUUGAAAUAUGGGACACAGCUGGUCAAGAAAGAUAUGCUGCACUGGCACCGCUGUACUACAGAGGUGCUGCAGUUGCAGUUAUUGUGUAUGAUAUAACAAGCCCGGAGUCAUUCAACAAAGCACAAUAUUGGGUUAAGGAGCUACAAAAACAUGGGAGUCCUGAUAUAGUCAUGGCUUUAGUUGGUAACAAAGCUGAUCUUCAUGAGAAUCGAGAAGUUCCAACACAGGAUGGCAUUGAGUAUGCAGAGAAGAACGGGAUGUUCUUUAUUGAGACAUCUGCCAAGACUGCAGAUAAUAUAAAUCAGCUGUUUGAGGAAAUUGCUAAACGACUUCCCCGUCCAUCGACCUCAUAACUGUGGAUGGUUAAAGCGCCCAGUGUAAUGUGAACACUGCCUGCCUGUCAAUGUCAAGUUUGUGUAUAUUGGCGUUGCGAUAUAAUCUUAAAAGUCUAUAAUUUGUAAUGUGAUUGUGUGUUUGAGAAAAUUCAGUUGCCACUGUAACUUUCAAAUGAUACGUGCAAGUAACCUCGGGGUGGGCAGUUGAUCCCAUGCAUCCCAAUAGUAAUGAAGUUGAAGGCAGUGUAAUAAUGCAGGAAA